AUGAAGAAAAGGGAAAAACAGGUUGCACUUGAGGCGGCUGUUCCAUUUGGCGUACGAGCGGGGCACGGUGAACCGAGAGAAGAAUUCCGACACGGGGCGUGGCGGCGAAGACCAGUCCACUUCGCGCAGGGCCUCCACCAGAUCCUCCGCAGUCACGUUGCUCCAAUCCAUGAACGAUUGCGAGAAAACCCUAGGAAUAUGAACCAAAACAAAAGGGAAAGUGAUACUAAUACAAGAAGCGAAACGAAAUCGAAGAAGGUAUAUUCCAGCGAGUUUUUUUCGAUAUUCGGGGAGAAUUUGAAUUUGAUCGGAACGAUUGAGACGAUGAAGCACAGGAGUGAGAGAGAAAAUGGAAAAUGGAGAUGA